AUGUGUGGUAUCAAGUGUCUAAAGACCCUCCUUUUAGCCUUCAAUUUUAUAUCUUGGCUUGCCGGCGCGGCGGUCUUAGGAAUAGGAAUAUGGAACGAGAUUGACCCAGGACAGCUUAACGCCUUUCUUGGGAAUAUUGGUUUCAUGCUUCCCUCCAUAAUCUUAAUGGCGAGUGGUGGAUUUGUGAUGUUCGUCGGUUUCCUUGGAUGCUGCGGGACCAUAAAGGAAAGUCGACGUCUCCUGGGUUUGUUCUUUGGCUGCUUAUUUUUGAUAUUUGCUGCUGAGGCUGUGGCGGGAAUUCUUAGUUUCACUUAUCGCGACAGGGUUGAAACUGCGGUGGAAAAUAUGCUUAAAGAAGAAAUAAAGACAAAUUAUGGGGUGACAAGCGAUUCACCCACUAAUCAAAACGUGGAUAGUUUACAAAUUCGUCUCGAAUGCUGUGGCGCAAGUAAUUUCAUGGACUGGGACCAGAGUAAAUGGAAAGAAGUUAAUAAGGACAAUAAAGUACCGCUGAGUUGCUGUAAGAAGGACGAAAACACAAGAACUUGCAACAAGGUUUCGAAUUUUGAUAAAAACAAAAUUCAUACGAAGGGUUGUCUUCAGUCGCUAACAGAUUUUGUCGAUAAAUAUCUGUUCGCCCACGGUAUUGAAGCAGUAUCCAUGGCCGGAGUCCAGUUACUUGGAAUGUUUUUUACCCGCCGCCUCUUCCGUUCUAUUGAUGUAUGAAGGAAAGAGGACGUAAAUCAAUUGAUAUGGGAAUCAUUU